AUGAUGGGUCAGCAGCUACAAGAUGACAGGGAGGAAAACCUUGAAAGAGACAAACGAAUUGAUAGAGAAGCAGAUGCUGCGGAGAGAGAAAAAGUCGACCAGCUGGUUGCUCAGCUGCAGGCCGGUCUGCGUCAGAGGAAAUACAAACCACCUUCUAUACGCAUGCGCAAAGAACUCCCAGAAAUACGCCCGCUUGCAGUCUGUUUCGGCUGCGGCAGCGAUGUUCACAUUUCGCACGAGGAGAUCAAGCGUGAACUUGAGUCCCAGUACCCGGACGUGUCAAUUAUCAGCCUUCAGUUUGAUCCCGUGUCCGUGAACGUUGGUGAUCCAACUACUCGUAACCGGUGGAUAGUUACCCUAGGCAGGCAAAAUGAUUGCCAAACGAUGAUUAAGGGUGGAGUAUUGUUGACUGGCGGGGAAAGGGUUACUGUCCGACCUCUUGACGAUGUCAUGAAGGAGGAGCACAAGGCAUAUAAACUGCACCAAUAUGUGCAAGAAGCUAAAACCAAAGUGUCUUUAAUGAAAGAUGACCAACCCAGAAAGCACCAAAAAUCUAAGCACAAGGGUAAACCAAAAAAGAAAAAGAUAACCGUAAAGUGA